CAGGGACUGACAAAUACUCAGGGUGCUGGGAAGUCCUAGCCCCAGUGAGGCAGAACCUCCUCCUUUCUUGAUGUGGAUCAAAGGCUCGGGCCCUAUUGGACUCCGUCAGAGCACCUGAGCACAGAAAAAGCCAUAGUCCAUAGCCAUAGGGACACAGUGUCCUCCAUAGCUGCAAAGCCUGCUGACCUUUGAUCUUCUCUGCUUCUAGACCUCUGGCCUUGGCCCUCCUGUCGUCUUUAGGCUCUGGGUUUAGUACCGCUGCUUCUGCUGGAAGGUCAAACCGUGGCUUGGGACUGACUUAGAUCCUCUUGUGGGAUCCAUCUGCACAUAAAUGUCUUCACACCUUGGCAGUUCUGAAACACCAUCAUCCAAAGGGAAUGAAAGAAUGAAAGGUCCAGUAUUAUCCAGGAUACACCCAGUUCUGGUGGAUAUUCAGGAUGUCAACCAUCUGGUAUGGGUCCUUCAAGACCAGACCCUCACAGCUGUCCCCAGGAAGGACCAGAUGGAUCCAGUCACUGUUACCUUAAUCUCAUGCAAGUACACAGAGACUCUUGAGAAGGGCAGGGGGAAUCCUGUCUACUUGGGACUGAAGGAGCCAGAGCUUUGCCUAUUCUGCACGAAGGUCAAGGGGCAGCCUGUGCUGCAGCUUCAGGAACAGAACAUAAUGGAUCUGUACCACCAAACUGAGCCCGUGAAGCCUUUUCUCUUCUACCAUGACCAGAAAGGCAGGGCCUCCAGCUUUGAGUCUGUGGCCUUCCCUGGCUGGUUCAUCGGCUCCUGCUCCAAUGGAAGUUGUCCUGUGAUUAUCACCCAAGAACUGGGGAAAAUCUACACUACUGACUUUGGGUUCACAGUACUCCAGGCUUAAGGCUGGUCUAGGGAUGAGAGUUGUUCUCUGUAAAGAGAAUCUUGUUUUUGGUUUCCUCCAUUCAAGCUCCUGAAGUGCUUCUGAAUCACAGAACUGCAAAUCAGCAAUACUUUAAUUAAUUAAGAAAAAAGAGAGAAAAGUGCUUUGGAGAUGAACAUUGUCAUAACGAUCAUUCAACAAGGAAAGGCAGAAUUGCCAGAAUUAUGUCCAUUUCAUUUUUGGGGGGCUUUCAAGUUCCCCAGCCAUGAAUUGAACCAUCUCAGUCGGAGAAGGCGAUGGCACCCCACUCCAAUACUCUUGCCUGGAAAAUCCCAUGGACGGAGGAGCCUGGUAGGCUGCAGUCCACGGGGUCGUGAAGAGUCAGACAUGACUGAGUGACUUCACUUUC